UAAAGAAACCAAGUGCCUCCCCUCGACUCCGCGUCGAGCUGAACAACCGACACAUCAACCUGCGCCUUUGUUUUCGGACAGCGACUGCUCGUUGCUAAAGCUAACCGUACCGACCCCUUUUAGAGUAGAAAACGUAGAAAGUAAAAUCUUAAAUAAUUAACAUAAUGUUUUGACGCAGCCGAAUUGUCCCGAUAGUGGGAUUAUAAACAAAGUGAAUCGAAUCGAUCAGUCGCUGUAAGAGGACGUUUGACGAAUUGAGGAGAGUACACAUGUCGUCUGCAGCAGAGUCGGUAGAAAAUGCCUCCAUCAUUUCGGAGAGUGCGUCCCACGAUGGAAAUCGCUUGUGGAUAGGCAACAUUGAUCCCAAAAUCACAGAGUAUCACCUGGUGAAGCUGUUGGAGAAGUUUGGCAAGGUGAAACAGUUCGACUUCCUCUUCCAUAAAUCUGGGCCUUUAGAGGGACAACCGCGAGGGUACUGCUUUGUCAACUUCACCACCAGAGAGGAGGCAGAAAGAGCGAUCCAGUGUUUAAAUGGGAAGCUGGCUUUGUCUAAGAAGCUGGUCGUGCGCUGGGCGCACGCACAGGUGAGGAGGUUUGAGGGUUUUCGUAACGACAAGACAAUGCCUCCUAGCCUCGAACCGUCAUGUAGCGGCGCAGCAGAGGACGGACCCAUAACAGCCAAUCACCUCAGCACGAGUGCUAAAAUCCGCGCCAUCGAGGCCAAGCUCCAGAUGAUGGAUGAGAACCCAGAGGAUGACUACUCGGGCCCCUCGGCCUACGUUUACAACAAACCACCGGAGAAGAAGCGCUGGGAGCCCUAUUCUAAAUCACACCACAACAACCAGAGCAGGCCCUUCCGCAAGUUUAGAAGAUAACCCCACGCUCCUGCUCAUUCUGGAGACGCCAUCCCCCUCCACUUAACCACCUCAGCCCCCCACAUACACACAAACUGACUCUUCAAUAGACGCUACACAGACUUGUGUGAAAAUAAAAGAUUUCUGAUAUUUUCAGAAUGCUUUUCAGAACCUGGACUCUUGUGGGAAUAAUGGCAGACGACGAUACCCUCGAGUGUUUUUGUUAAUAUUAUUAUUAUUUUUUUUUUAAAGAGAUUCAUUUGUUAUUAUUUAGCUUAAAAUAAACUCUGACUGCUGUGGAUCAGUGUGCUUUCCUCUUGUUGCAGUGAUUUACCACAGGUGCAUCCUUCAGCUGUGAUGCACAGUUGCUGUAUGGAGAAGGAGAAAUGUCAUUAUUGUCUAAAUAAUCUUAUGGUUUUUUUUUUACAUGUGUUUUUGCUUCCAGAUCAUGUUAUUUCAAUGAGAAAGGGAAAAUAACUUCUCAGUAUAGGUUUGAGUCGAUGGAGUUGAAAUAAGCCAUUCAGUGAGACUUAGUGGAAGUUGCUGUAUUUUGUGUUGAGUUUUGUUUUAUUCCCCCCUUUUUUUUGGCUUUGAUAUUUUUUUUUCUUCAAUUUUAGUCCAAUUAUUUUUUUUCCACAUAGGGUCUGUAGAGUGUGGCAUUUAUUUGAUGCACACUUUUAUUUUUUAAUUAAAAAAAGUUUAUCUCACACA